UUCCACUAUCAGAUUUAAACAACUUCUUUCCAGCGCAUGUUAACCACAACAGAUUAUAAGAGACGUGACUUGGCGUUUUAUAACUCUAAGGUUUGAGAAUUUUGAAAUCCCUGGUCUGUUCCAGUAUUCUUCAGAGCUCUAUUGACUUGUCACGUAUUUUAGCUUCAUUGAUAGUUUGGCGUGUUGCUUCUGUUAUUCCGUUUUAAAUGCAAAAUGCUUAACUAGGUGCGGAUUUAUAUUUGCGACAGACAUAUGAACUUAUUCUGUAUAGUAGGCCUAUGAGCACCAGCGUACGCCUCCACGAAAACACUGACGAGUGAGUCAACUUGUCAAGAAAAUUUGUGUAUAUGCCUGGUGAUGCUUUUAAUUGUAGCAUUAAGAAAAUACGAGUACAUUGGCGACUUUGUUGUCGUCGGUGAAAUCCUGUGAUAUUACGUCCUAAUAGAGUUUUUUAAUAAGAUCCUGGCAGGAAUUAUAUUACCGAUAUUCUAUGUAAUAUAUUUGUUAUAACCAGAACUGUAAAUAUAUGUCCGUUUCGCUGUUACAAACCUUCUUUAAGAUUUCGUUUGGAUAUUGAUAAGCGAAUUUAAGUUUUUCGUAAUUUUCGACAUAUAUCUUUAUAAAGUGAUCAACUGAAUUAGCUGAAUUUUAAGAUUUAUUGUCUUUGUAACCAAUAUCAGGUCUUUUACAUACUCACAUACCUACGUCGAUUUGGGGGAACUGACAGUGUUCAAUCCUUGUUAACUUACGUAUUUCCUUGUUUUCUCGUUGAAAAUUAACUUGAUGUUGUGAUAAACUGGACUGUUUAGUAAGUUGUGUAUGAAUUUCAAUAGCCUACGACAAACGAUCUCAGUCAUUUUCAUUGUUAUGACUUUCAUUACGGCGCAUUAUUACACUCACAGUUUUCACUAACGUUUUUACUUGUCACGUUACGUUUUGAAUGCAAUGUUCAACGAAACAAACGACUUACGAAAUCUCCCACGAUCUGAGUUCAGUUCUCGUUCAUGGCUGCUUUCAUUUGUGCUGGACCAGCUCGAUGGAAUGAAAGACUUACAGCACUGCUUCCUGUACAGAUGCUGAUUGGCUGUGAUCUGAAUAUGUGGCCACGCCCCCAGAUAUCAGCGUAGCCAGUAAGUCAGUGUACUGUCUGCAGACGAUGUGUCAAGGGUCAGCAUGAAAAAUCAGAGGCCUGGCCAUUACAACUCCACGGGCGUAAUCCAUGAAACGGGGAAAAACCAGAUUAAGCUGUUCUGCAGUAGGCAGGUGCCAGAGGAGAUCCGUCAGUUCGAUGUGGUGUUAGAGGAGCCUGAUCAUGUUUACUUCUGUGGGGAAGAGAUUAGUGGUCAUGUUAAGGUCGACUUGGCUGGCUGUCUUACUGUGCAAGGUAUCAUAGUACGAUUUGUGGGUGAGGCAUAUGUUAGCGUUCCAGAGCAGAAAGAGACCUCACCAUGGAAUAUGCGGCAUAUCUCAGACCUGCGUCGAAACCUGUGCAACAAGAACAAGAUAAGCCCUUCACUGUCAGAUUUGUCUGGUGCAACAUCAUCAUGUUGUGGAACACAGGCUGAGACUCCAGAUUCUCCUGUCAAAGAGGGCUGGACGAAGGGUCCCCGCAGUCAGGUUCAGCCAUUGCAGCGAAGAAGAACAAAAGAGCAAAGCAGAGAUGCAACAUUUCGUUCCCAUGAGAAGUACUUUGACCACAAGAUGUAUGUGUUUGGGCAUAAGUACAGUAGCAAACGUGAGAGGCUAUGGGCAGGAGAACAUAGCUUUCCAUUCCACUACACUCUUCCAGCCAAACUUCCAGCCUCAUUCCAUGGCCGUUUGGGCUACAUACGCUAUUUCUGUGAGGCUAUACUAGAACGUAGUGCAUUGCCAAAUGUUCAGUGCCAAACAGUGUUCAGUGUGAGCAACAUUGCUGAUGUGAACAUAGACCCAAAGGCAGAUACUGGUGUGAGCGAACAGAGAAGUACCAAUUCCUGCCUCUUCUGCUGUCAGAAGGGCACUAUAAUUGUUUCUGCAAGUAUCAAGAGGAGGGCUUAUGUCCCAGGAGAAGAUAUCCUUAUUUCUGCAGAUGUUCUGAAUAUGAGUAACACACCAGUAUACAGAAGCUGUGUAAAACUCAUUCAAGUUGUAACAUAUUUCUCAAACAAAGGCUUCCGAAGUCACAGGGACGAAGUUGUGAUCAGUCAGGUAUAUCGAGGGAGAGUAGCAUGUGGUGAGUCUGACACAUGGGACAGAGUUCCAGUCACAGUGCCACCAUUGCCACCAACAUCUAAGCUUGAAAACUUCUGCAAGUUGAUGGAAAUAGAAUAUCGCCUUGAUUUUAUUGUGGAAAUUGCUGGAGAAACCAACCCUCUAGAAAUCCAGAUGCCAUUGAUAGUUGGAACGGUACCUCUUCACCGAGAAUUCUCAAACCUGCAGCCAGUCAUGACCAAGGACUACAAGAAUCAUGCACCACCUCUAAUACUUCAAACCAUGGAUACAAAAUAUAGAAAACUGCCUGCUGUCUUCAGUGGACCGAGUGUCUGGGGACCUCAGUCAGUGGAAUUGUACUACUACCGACAGGUGAAUCGUUGCCAAGAAGCAGUAUCAGUGCGAAACCAUGUCCCCCGAGCAGUACUAGCACCGCAUCAACGAGAUAAAGUGUUUGUGCCACGCUACAUCUGCUACCGGAAAGUAGGAGGGUUGGCACCUGACAGAGGGUUUGCACAUGGUGUACCCCAGAUUGUGAUUACUGAACAUCCUCCAUGUCUACACCACCAACACCUACCACCAACGUCUAGACGUCACUCUGCCCCGGGACAUAUUGCAGUCCUUACUCCAGACAGGGUGCCCAUAACACCCACAGGCACACCCCUAAAACAAAAAUUGCCUGAUAUUCCAGAGACAAAAUGAAGGGAUGUGUGUGCUAUGUGCCAGUUCAAAGUAAGGCUUCAAGAACCCAUUCCACUGACAAUAGGAUGCUUAGACCUCUUACUGUGAACCUAGUGCCAUAGGCUACACAGAAACUUCCAGAUACUUAUGUAACAUUUAAACAACAUAAGGAAGCCUGUUGUAGCCAGGACAAGAAGCAGAAUGCGUAAAAAAUCAAAUACAGUAUCUUCUUAUGUGCCAUCACUUUAACAUAUACAUGAAUCCCAUGCAAAAGAAAAUGACUUUAAUGCAUCAGUUAUUUAAGAUCAUCAGAGACCAAGCAGAACCUGCUUCAUUGUCAAAGUUAGUUCACUGUGGGAAAAGUCUGAGUUUAGAAUCAGAUUUCAACUGGUGUACAAGAAAUUAAUGUCAGAAUUGCAUUAUUGCAUGCAUGACAUUGCAGUUAGAUGAAUAAAAUUUCCAGGUGUUAAUGGGCAAGACUAUGAAACUGAAUCAACAACUGACAAAAGAAUUUUAGUCAAACAACUGAGUAACCUCUGGAAGAUAUAGAAAGUGUUUGUGUACAGGGGACCACUUUUAAGAAGUUUACCAAGGGACCAAAUUUCUUAAGUGGGAAAUCAUCUUAAAAAUAUAGGUUUCAAACUGUUUAUAAAAUUAUAGAAAACUAACAAAAUGAACAUUAUAUUUUUACAUUCAAUAAAUGGCUAAGAAUGCGAUAAAUAUAUAUACCACAUGUUCUGGCUGACAUGGUUAAAGUCAAAAUUUCUGUUAUGAAAUGUUAUUCGUCCUUGAAGGGCUUAUUUACCAUAAUUAGUUUUACCUGUCUUUCAAACAGAUUUGAAGUAAAUUUUCCAUUUCCCAAAUGUUCCUGACAAAUGACUCUGGCAUGUCAGGAAUGCCAUUGAGGAAGUCGUAGUGUGUAGGCACAUAUUGCAUUGCUUCAUUACACAUACAAGUAAGUUUACACACUGCAGCUGCCUCUUCCUCAUAAUCAGUUUCUGUGUUCUUGUCUGCAGUACAGAGGUCAUCAAUUUCCUAAAUUGCACAAGGAAGCAUAUGGUCAUCUGCCUCUACCUUCUAUUCAAAUGUGAAUGUCUCUUCUUCCCUCAGAUAUCUUUCCAGAUGUGUGAUAUUACUUCUGAGUUAUAUAUUCUUCAUUGUGAGGUUUCACAGAAUCUGAUCUUCCCAACUGAUAACAUUCCAUGAUGCUGCAAACAUAUACAUAUGUGGCACUGAAGAAACAUGCUUCAUAGCACUCUUUGGUGGUUGUGUUUCACUGCAGGAACUUGCAAACAAGGUGCCUAUAAUAUUAUGUUUCAAAGACUUUAUUGUCCAUUGGCCCAUUCGUUGCAUGACUGAUGUUCUGUUGGCUGGCAGAAACUCUACUAGGAUAGUGCUUAAUUUAAACAUAUUGUAACGUGUUUUUCCACUGAAGACGACGUUCAGAUUGUUAACUGGUUUAUUUAACAACCUACAAGU